AUGAACUCGACGCUUCGAAAGUCAAAGCGCUGCUACAGUGUGGCAGUCAAGCUUGAUAUGCUUGGACAAUUGGAGACUCAGACCGACAGCCAGGUUGCCAAAGCCACGGGUAUAUCUCGACGCACUAUACGAGGAUGGAAAGAUCAACGCGACGAAAUCCUGGCUUACACUGGAAACAAAAAACGCAUGAAAAUAAGCCCCGGUGGACGUUGCGAGAUAUUCCCCGACCCUGAUGGACUCCUCGAGUUCAUUACGGAAAUGCGAAACAAAGAGCGAGCCCUGACAACGACUCAUAUCAUCAAUUGGAUUAAACGUCACCAAGCGCAAUGGCUACGACUCUAUCUCAGUGGCAAGCAGCCCGGCACCGGCUACAAUAGCCUCCUUCGCCUUCUGUAG